CCCUGGAGCAGAGCAGACACAGCAAUCAAUUAAAUGGCAAUGCUGAGAAGCGGGACAUCUAACAAUGAAUUCUGGACAGAGGGAAGUGCUAUAAAUAUCAGGACUGUCCUGCUGAAAGCGGGACGGUUGGGAGGUAUGCUACGGGAAUGUGCAAUCUGAGCUGCUCCAGGUGCAGAGUCAGUGUUUUCCAGCAAUUCGGGGGCUGCAGCCCGAACGGUCCCUGCCAUGUUACCCAGCAGCACAGCCUCCCCCUGGCCCGCCCCCCUCAGCCCUCUCCAAAGUGACUAUUUAAAUGACAGUUGAAAUCAACAAUCCCAUAGAGCGGAGUCAGACUCGGUGCUACUUACCUUGCUCCUUCUCUUUGCUUAGCCACACAGGGCGCCACUCUCAGUAAGCUGUUGUUAUUGUAGGUGGGCAGCCAUCCUAUCUAUAUUAUGGGGUCUCUUGCCCUACAUAUCGUUGUGGCACUCUGGGUGGCACAAGGAAUCAGCGGGCAGUUUAGAAGAACCAGUGAUGGAAGUGGGCAAUGUACUUACUCUUUCACUGUGCCCAGCGCUACAGAGGGCGGAUGUACAGAGCCGGCGCAAGCUAAGGCUGCUAUCCAGGACCUGCAGCGGGAGGUGUCGGUCAGGCACAAGGAGAUGGAGGGUCUGCAGAUCAGGCUUGGCUUGCUAGAGAAGCUAGUCAAUCGCCUCCUAGGGGGAGAGGGGCUGGUGAAGCCAAGCCUAGGGCCACAAGCCGGGGCAGAUCUUCAGCUGGAGGUGCAGAAGCUGAGGAUGGAAAAAGAUGAAUGGGAAGGGCAGAGAGGCAGUCUGGAGAUGGCAUAUGCUGAUCUACUCAAAGAGAAGGAAUCUUUGGAAGAGGAAAAGCAGCAGCUCAGCCAGAGACUGGAGAGAGAUGUUCAGGGGCAAUGCCCCCAGGUUCCAGGCAGCUCUAGGGCACAGGCUGCAGACAGCUCUAAGACUCGGGUUCCAGACACCUCUAGGGUAAAGGACCAGCAAGCGCCUUCAAGGCAAGUGUCCAGAUGGGGUGCUGAUCCAGUGGGAUACCAGGAACUAAAGUCAGAGCUAACAGCACUUCCAGCAUCACGGAUGAUCCCAGAAACCCAGUCGACGAACCACAGUUCAGAAACUAUAAGAGCCGAUGGAGCUUGUGGUGAACUUACCUGGAUUGGAGAACCAACAACUUACAGGAAAGCUGAUAACAUAGCUGGAAAGUAUGGAGUAUGGAUGAAGGAUCCAAAGCCAUUGGCUCCAUAUACGCUGGACACUGUCUGGAGGGUGAACACUGUAGGGGCAGAUAUCCGUCAGGUUUUUGAAUAUGAAAAUAUUGAUCAAUUAAUUAAGGGCUACCCAGGCAAGGUCUAUGUUCUUCCACGCUCAAUGGAAAGCAACGGAGCUGUUGUUUAUAAGGGUUCCCUAUACUAUCCGCGUCGGAAAUCUAGAAUACUUGUAAAGUAUGACUUUAAGACAGAGUCUGUUGCUGUCCAGAGGGAGAUUCCGAAUGCAGGGUAUCAGGGCCAAUACCCUUACUCUUGGGGUGGCUACACUGACAUUGACCUUGCUGUUGAUGAGGUUGGUCUGUGGGUUAUCUAUAGCACAGAAAAGGCUAAAGGGUCCAUAGUUUUAUCUCUUCUAGACUCGGAAUCCCUUGAGGUCAAACAGAGCUGGGAGACCCAAAUUCGCAAGCAGUCAGUGGCUAAUGCAUUUAUGAUCUGUGGCACCCUAUACACUGUUGGAAGCUAUUCCUCCUCAAGUACUACAGUCAACUUUGCUUUUGACACCAGCACAGGGGUUCAGCGUCCAGUUGGCAUACCCUUUAAGAAUCAGUAUGGCUAUGCCAGCAUGAUUGAUUACAACCCAACAGAGAAGAAAAUAUAUGGUUGGGACAACUUCAACAUGGUGGCCUAUGAUGUGAGGUUGUCCAAAAUGUGAGUUCAGAUGGAAAGAGAAUAUUCUGUGAAAAGACAAGAGAAAGAGGACUGGUAGAUAGCUCGGGGUACAUACAGAGGGAUGGGUAAGCAUAGCUUAACUUUGAAGCCACAAACUAAAGAGGAACAACCGCUAAUGCAGCUUCCUACUAUUCUCUGUGCUUUGGCCACUGUAUAGCCCUGUCAUGUGCAGCAACUCCAUCUUAUAGGGAUUAAGAGAAAUAACCAAUGUUUAAUAUAGUUGCAUAUUGCAUUAACUUCAGAUCUACAGUAUGUGACGUGUUUUGAACAUCACAACAGGACCUGACCAACUCAAGCUUUAUAGUUUCUCAGUAAGGACAAACCUAGGGAAAGUACAAUUCAACUCGUGUUUAAAUAUCAGCAUGGCAUGUUUGUAUCAUUAUCAUAUACAUGUAUAAGAGCAACUGAGCAAGGAAAGCAUGUCCAUAACAUACCAAACUCAUACAAAUAUCUUCCCUUACCUUGACUAACAGCAGCACUGUUUCUUCAGGCCAGAACCAAAUGCAGCUACAGAAUGGAGCAGGGCAGACAGUGAGCAGAAAACCAAUGCUGUAUGUUUAUGUGCAGAAAUAUUUUUUUUUUUUCAUUUAAUUGCAGUACGCAGGGUUUUCACAAACAAGGGAGCUUUCUUGUGAAAUUACAAUUUUAUUGUGCCUCUGCCAUGAUAGAUGCAAUUAAAUGUUUUGUACAAUAGAAAUUACUGCAUUUUUGAUUAUUCCCCUGCCAGCAGAUCCAUGCUUUACUGAGUGCUGGUGCAGAAUAUUGUGAAUGGUUAUAUGGCAGUCCCCAGCAUUGUCGCAGAAUAUAGUGUUUAAUACAAUGACAUUGCUGAUAUAUAUUUGCCUUCCUCAGGUUUAUAUUUGUGCCUCUUCAGUACUAAGGUAUCAUAACACCUGUGCUCCUCUGCAGUUUUGGUGCUGGUAUAACUGCUUCAGUGUCACUGCCCCAUCCACAGUAGGAAUCACAUCUACACAAUCCGGCUAGAAAGGCUGCAUACACUGCAUUCAUUUAUACCACCCAGCAACUCCCAUUUAUUAGGAGUUUCAGUUAUCUUCAUCUGCAAGCUUUAGUUAACUAACCCAUAUACUCUGACCAUUGAUUCUGGGAUUGUAAAAUGCCGCCAUUAUACUGGGGGCCCUAUUGCAGUUGUGUCCCUUGUAGCUAUUAACCCUGGGACAAUAUGUUAAACCCUAAAACGUGCUCAUCAUGUAGGAUUUUUAUAUUUUGUUUUCAACAGUGUUUGUGCGCAGAAAAUAUUUCAUACCACCAUAAUCUCCUUUUUAAACGGCAAAUUACCUUCUCCUUUUAGUCCAUUUCACCACUGACUUCUAUAAAAACUUCCAAGCUUUUAGAUGGCGAAUUAUUACUUUUGAGUUUGCACUUAAUAAAUACCAGACAUUCAAAUUUUUGAAACAUAAUUUGAGUUUUUUAGUGCAAAAAAAAUCAAAUUGUAAAAAAAGAAUCAAACAUGACUGUUAAUAAAUCUCCCACUAAGAGUAUCAUGUGGAAUACAAGAAAGUCGAGAAUGGUUAGAUUUUUUAUGUAAAAUGUGCACUUAAAGAAUGUUUACAUAGAAUCUGACCUAGACUAUUUAUUGUGCUAUAGCAUCAAGAUAGUGUCAAAACACAACACUGACACUAUAAAGGGAAAUAUACAGAGUCCAUAUCUUUAUAGCAGCCAUCAGUGUUUGCAGUCCAGUAUAGAUUCCCAGAGUCCCACCCCAUGUUAUAUUGAAGUUCCUAUAAUAACAGCUUUUGCUAACCUGGCUGAACUACUGUUGCUAAGCAAUGAUCAUGGAUGGAGACUGGAAGAAUAUUUACAUGUUUACCUCUAACCCUUCUGGUAUAUUCAGGAAAAUAAAAGAUUUUCAGAAUGUUAUUGAUGAUGCUGGCUACUCAGAUCUGUAACAUAUUAUAUUUCAUGACUCAGUUCAUGUUUGUAAUGUUUAUUUUUAAAGAUAAUAAAAGUUUUUUGUAACCAUUCUA